AAGAAGAAGGAAAAGUUUGUUUACGUUGUUGAAAAUCUCGAGAAUCUCCCAAUUUCCUGCCUCUUCCUGGACACUGCACAGCCUGAAACCAUGCCAAAACGCGGAAGACCAAGGAAGAAAAAUGUCUGUGUGAUUGCAUCGGAUGAGGAGCCGGUAAUGUCGCAAGAUUCCGAAGCACAGAGCAAUGAGGAUGAAAAAGAAGAGGUUAUCAACCAGGAAAAUAUACCGGUUGUAGCUCCAAAGAUUGACAUGGAAGCUGAUAUAUCCCAGCUGGAAGCUCCAACUUUCACGACAAUUCAACGCUCUGUUCCGGAACCGAUGCUGAGACUCAAAUGGAACCACCGUGUGACACUUAUUGGGGAAAAAGUUCUCAAUCCCAUGAUUCAUUGCUGCGAUAAGUGUCUCAAACCCAUCCUUAUUUAUGGAAGAAUGAUUCCCUGCAAACAUGUCUUUUGCCUUGCUUGUGCCCCAACAGAGCCACUUAAAGAAUGCUUCCGGUGCAAAGAGAAAGUUUGCCGUGUAGAGCAAUCUGGUCUGGGAUCUGUAUUUAUGUGUACCCAUGGAGGAUCUCGAUACGGUAGUAAGGGCUGCAGAAGAACUUAUCUGUCUCAGAGGGAUCUCCAGGCACACAUUAAUCACAGGCACCUACCACAUAUGGCAGCCAGUCAAGAGAACUCCAAUUCUGACGUAACAAUGGGUGAACCACUGAAACCCACAUCAAAUCCAAGAAAGCUGUCCGGGAGUGAGGGUUCGACGCCCCUGAGAACAACUCCGAGGGGUACUCAGCAAUUUACAUUGGGCCAGCAGGGGGCUCGAACGAAUUUGAUCUCAGUACCCCUUCAAGAUCCUCAGCAGUCGGUUAUUUCGUCAAUUGUGGGUAUCAGUGGGCAGCAAGCAAGUCAGCAGGAUAUUGGUGUUGUGUCCAAUCCCUACUUUGCCAUUAGUUCAGCUCAGGGCUUAUUCACGCAGGCUGCUCAGAAUUUCACGAGUAUCACUUCCAUGGCAGGACAAGUGACUCUCGGUAGUCAGACAGGGAGGAAUAUGAUUAGCAUGCCACAGAGCACAUUGGCUGGGCAGAAUCCUCCCACAACAGCUGGUUCCAUCCAGACUUCAUCCUUUUUCCCACAAUACUCUACCGGACAGACGCAGUACAAUCAACUGCCGCACUAUCAAAAUCAACCUGGCUACGAUCAGCAGAUGUACAACUCCAAUGUCCAGCAGAAUCAGCCGUGGAAUCAGCAAUACUAUAGAUAAGCCGGAUAAGAAAAAAUCUCCCUGGAAAAUCACAAAAAAAGAAAAUUCAAGGCCAUAAAGCCGGAUAGAUUGGUCUUUGAUGAAACUCCACCAAGAUUAAUCACUUCCGGAUGAUUUUUUUCUCUUAGCCAAUAUACCCCAAAUUAUUGCUUGAUAAGCGCGAUAAGGUACGAUAAGUGAGAUGUUUUUUGUGAAAUUCCGCAGUGAAUUUGAGUUUGUGAAACAAUGAAGUUUGUCGUGAAGUUUUGUGUGAUCCUGCUUGUCCUUCCGGUCAUUGUGAUGGCGGGAAAGGAGAAGGAAAUGCUGAAGAAUUUUGCAGUUGAAACGGAAAAGUUCCAGCAUCAGAUUCAUCAGCAAAUUAGGAAUAUUAAAAAUUCCUUUUCAAAUGAUACGUCCAGAGAAUUGGUGCAAAUGUGGCUGUCUGUGGAUGAAACACUUGCGGACAUGGAAAACCUAAAGAUGGGCAUUAGGCGUAUGAUGGAAGAUUCAGAGGCAAAAUGCGUCGAUGAGUGUCCAACGAAGUACGACGUUGCAAUUGAUGUGGCUAAUGUUGGGUAUCAGGAAUGCCUGAGGAGGACACACAACACAUCCGAAGUUCUCAUUGAGGAUUUCCUGAGCAGAGCUCACGCAGAAUGGCGGAAGAGGAGCAAUGUACAAAUCUCUCGACUUUACGACCUUUUUCACAGAGAAAUCCAAGGAAAUUCCAUGCCAGAUGUCAUUGAGGGCCUCCAGAAGGAAGUUAAGAGCAGCAGUAUGGGAUGGGAUAACAAAGACUCGGUGGAGCUGAGCAGGAAGGAGUGGGAGAACAAAAGUGAGCUCCAGAGAACAGGAAUGAGUACAUUUACGUGCUUCCUCAUUGUUCGAAAUGAAUUAUUCGGAAAGAUCAAAGAGAUUGAGGCUUUCCUCAAUGAUAAUUGCCUCAAAUCUACACGAAAAUUGUAAAAAUUUCUAAAGAAAAAUUUGUCAAAAUUUUACAGUUUAAAGUUUAUUAAAUCCACGCAGACGAAAUGCAUUUCAGUGUACAACAAUUUAAAUAUAAAUAAAAAUUACGUAGACAGUUGAA